GAGGACUCAGUAAAGGAUAAUUUUCUAGGGUGUGCUGUGGACCCGAGGCUAGCACAGGCUCCGUAGGCCCAAUUUUGUACUUCUUAACGUCGUUCAGGGGCUCUGGCCCUUCCUCACGCCUCCCUCCUCAGAAAGACAAUUGCAUGAAUGUGAUUUCCGGGCCUGGAUUCUCUGGUUCCACUCUCUCGCACGCGGAGACCGGGACUGAGCCUGUGGUCCAAAAGCUGAGCCCUAAGGGGUUAAGGCGUGGGUGCCGCCCCUUUCCCGCCUGGCUGGCGGGAGUAUGAAUAGCCUCGCUCCUUCUCAGGACUCCAAGUCGCUCGGGCUGCUUCCGCCCCAUCCCAGCCUAGUCGAGCCUUUUCUCUUCACAAAGCUCCGAGGGCCGCGCCCUUCUCGUGUGCCCCGCGUCCGCCCGCCCUCGGGGAGACAGCAGAGCAGGAUGGAGGGCUGCGUCGGGGAAGAAUCCUUCCAGUUGUGGGAACUCAAUCGACGUCUGGAGGCCUACCUGAGCCGGGUCAAGGCGCUGGAGGAACAAAACGAGCUGCUCAGCGGGGAGCUCAGAGGUCUCCGGGCGCAGUCCGGGGAUGCCUCCUGGCGGGCCCGUGCAGACGACGAGCUGGCGGCCCUGCGGGCACUGGUCGACGAGCGCUGGCGGGAGAAGCACGCGGCCGAGGUGGAGCGCGACAACCUGGCUGAAGAGCUGGAGGGCGUGGCGGGCCGGUGCCAGCAACUGCUGCUGGCCCGGGAGCGCACGGCGGAGGAGGCCGCCUGCAGCCGGCGUGCGGUGGAGGCCGAGCAAUGUGCCCAGGGCUGGCUGAGCACACAGGCCGCGGAUCUGGAGCGCGAGCUAGAGGCUAUGCGCGCGGCGCACGAGGAAGAGCGCGCGUACCUGCACGCGCAGGUCUCCUGUGCACCCCGCGAGCCCCCAGCGCUACCCCGCGGGCCCCCAGGGCGCGUCCCGGAGGUGGAGGAGCUGGCCAGGCGGCUGGGCGAUGAGUGGCGCGGAGCAGUGCGCGGCUACCAGGAGCGCGUGGCGCACAUGGAGAGCUCGCUGGGCCAGGCCCGCGAGCGGCUGGGCAGAGCGGUGCAGGGCGCCCGGGAGAGCCGCCGAGAGCUGCAACAGCUCCAAGCCGAACGCAGCGGCCUCCAGGAGCGCAGGGCGGCUCUGCAACGGAGGUUAGAGGGCUGCUGGCAGGACCGGCUGCGGGCCACUGAAAAGUUCCAGCUGGCUGUGGAAGCCCUGGAGCAGGAGAAGCAGGGCCUACAGAGCCAGAUUGCUCAGGUCCUGGAAGGUCGACAGCAGCUGGCACACCUCAAGAUGUCCCUUAGCCUGGAGGUGGCUACAUACAGAACCCUACUGGAGGCUGAGAACUCUCGUUUGCAGACACCUGGUUUUGGUUCCCAGGCUUCCCUUGACUUUCAGGAACCCAAGCUGCAGUUGCAUUUCCUUGGGACUCCAGAAGGCCACCGCCUGGGACCUGUGCUCCCUGUCCUCAGCCCAACACCCCUUCCUUCCCUCUUGCCUUAUACCCUUGAAACUCCUGAGCCAGUCUUUCUGAAGACACAGGAAUUCCUCCAGGCCCACACCCCCACCUUGGCCAGCACUCCCAUCCCACCCACACCUCAGGCUCUCUGUCCUGCUACAAAUGCAGAAGUGAGGGCCCAGGAUGCUCCCCUCUCCCUGCUCCAGACACAAGGUGGGAAGCCACAGACUCCAGAGCCUCGGUGGGAUGAAGCCAAGGUGGCUGUACCUGCCAGUAACCUCCUAGGACUAGAAGAGCCUGGGGGCAAGCAGCUAGUGGCCAGUACUGGCCACUUCCCUGAGGAUCAGGCCGCCUUGGCUCCAUCCGUCAACUUCGACCAACCUACUUUAGAGGCUAAGGAUGGAGAACCUAAUGGGUCUAGAGUAUCUAUCAUAUUCCAGGAAGAUGAAGGGCAAAUCUUAGAGCUAGUGGAGAAAGAAGCAGCCAUAGAGGUCAAGGUAGAGAGCAGCUUAGGGCAAGAAACACGAGAAGAAGGUGGUUUGGAAGAAAUCCAGGAUUUCCAGGAUCCUUUAGGAAAGGAAACCCUGAAGGCUGUGGGAGAGGAGCCACUGAUUUCUCUGAAAAUUCAGGGCCAUGAGGCACCAGGGAAGGAGAAUCUCAAAUCACUGAGGUCUAUUGAAGAGAACAGUGAAACCCUAAAAAGUUUAGAAAAAGUUAAACAAACACUGUUGAAGCCUUUAGAAGAAAAGGAUAUGGAAGCAGAGGGAAUUCUAGAAAAGGAGGUUCCUGAACUACCUAAUCUAGGAAAAGAAGACCUGAGAAUUGUGGAUCAAGAAUUAGUGACAUCUCCUGAAGGUACUCUAGAGACAGUUUCAUUUCUAGGAAAGGAAAAUCAACGAGUAGAGGGUUAUCCAGAUGAGAACAUAGAGUCUUUUAAAAAGAGCCAACAUCUACUGGGAUAUCAAGAGGCAGUGAACCAUGAGACACUGAGAUCUCCAACAAAUGAGGAUCAGGAGCCACUGAGGUCUGUAGAAGAAGAGGAGCAGGUGAUUGUGAAACCUCUAGAAAGAGAGAAUCAGGAGCCACUGAAGUCUCUAGAAGAAGAGGAGCAGGUGAUUGUGAAACCUCUAGAAAGAGAGAAUCAGGAGCCACUGAAGUCUCUAGAAGAAGAGGAGCAGGUGAUUGUAAGACCUCCAGAAAAAGAGAAUCGGGAGCUACUAGGGUCUGCAGAAGAGGAUGAGAGGAUUGUGGAACCUCUAGAAGUGGUGAAUAAAGAGUCCCUGGGGUAUCUAAAAGAGGAGGAGCAGGUGAUUGUGAAGCCUCUAGAAAAAGAGAAUCAGGAGCCACUGAGGUCUCUAGAAGAAGAGGAGCAGGUGAUUGUGAAACCUCUAGAAAGAGAGAAUCAGGAGCCACUGAAUUCUCUAGAAGAGCAGGUGAUUGGGAGACUGAUAGAAAAAGAAAAUCCAGAGCCAUUGAGGUCUCUAGAAGAAGAGGAGGAAGUUAUUGUGAAGCCUCUAGAAAAAGACAAUCAGGAACCACUGAGGUCUCUAGAAGAAGAGGGGCAGGUGAUUGUGAAACCUCUAGAAAGAGAGAAUCAGGAGCCACUGAAUUCUCUAGAAGAGCAGGUGAUUGGGAGACUGAUAGAAAAAGAAAAUCCAGAGCCAUUGAGGUCUCUAGAAGAAGAGGAGGAAGUUAUUGUGAAGCCUCUAGAAAAAGACAAUCAGGAACCACUGAGGUCUCUAGAAGAAGAGGGGCAGGUGAUUGUGAAACCUCUAGAAAGAGAGAAUCAGGAGCCACUGAAUUCUCUAGAAGAGCAGGUGAUUGGGAGACUGAUAGAAAAAGAAAAUCCAGAGCCAUUGAGGUCUCUAGAAGAAGAGGAGGAAGUUAUUGUGAAGCCUCUAGAAAAAGAGAAUCAGGAACCACUGAGGUCUCUAGAAGAAGAGGAGCAGGUGAUUGUGAAACCUCUAGAAAGAGAGAAUCAGGAGCCACUGAAGUCUCUAGAAGAAGAGGAGCAGGUGAUUGUGAAACCUCUAGAAAGAGAGAAUCAGGAGCCACUGAAGUCUCUAGAAGAAGAGGAGCAGGUGAUUGGGAGACUGAUAGAAAAAGAAAAUCCAGAGCCAUGGAGGUCUCUAGAGGAAGAGGAGGAAGUUAUUGUGAAGCCUCUAGAAAAAGAGAACCAGGAGCCACUGAGGUCUCUAGAAGAUAAUAACCAGGAGCCCUUUAGACCUCUGGAGAAAGAGAUCCAGGAGUCUUUGAGGUCUCUAGAAGAAGAGGAGCAGGUAACUGAGAUGCUAAAAAAAGAGGAUCAGUACUCAUUGAAAUCUCUAGGAGAUGAGGACCAGGUGAUCUUUAGACCUCUGGAGAAAGAAAACCAGGAGUCCCUGAGGUCUCUAGGAGAACAGGGCCAAGAGAUACAGAGAUUUCUUGAACAAGCGGCUCCACAGACACUGAGUGCUGUAGAGAAAGAAGACCAGAUGGCAGUGAGAUCACCAGAAAAGGUGAAUCCUGGGCUACUCCAGUCUCUUGGAAAUAACCAAGAGAUAGUUAGCUUUCUUGAAAAAGAGAAUCAAGAGUUAUUGACACCACUGAAAGAAAGUAUUGAGACAGUACAAUCUUUAGAAACAGAGGACCUAGAACCACUGAAGAUUAUAGGAGAAAAGGACCUAGAAAUAUUAAACUCUCUAGAAGCUCAAAAGUCACUGUGGUCAGUAGGAGAAAUGAAUAGAGAGACAAUGAAACCUCUAGAAAAUGAGAUUCAAAAACCACUGGAGUAUGUGGAAGAGAACGAAGAGACACCACAUCCCCUAGAAAAAGAGAAUCAAGACCUGAGAUCUCUGCACAAGUGGGACCUAGAGACUGUGCAGUCUCCAGAGUGGGCAGAGAAGGAAAGUCAGCAACAUCUGGAAGUGGAAGAGUGUCUAGAAGUGGGAGAGAACCUGGAGUUACUGAGGUCUCUGGAGGAGGGCCAGGAGCUGCUUAUGUCUGCACAUCAGCUGAGGUGGAAGGAUAUGGUGGAGGACCAAGCACUGGGUCAGGACCUGCCCCUGGGAAGGACUGGCAUGGACAGUGAGGACCAGGAAAAACUGUACUUGAGUGGGCAGGGUGGGAAGGAGGAGGUGAAAGAGCAGGGAGGGCUGCAGCUAGAUGCCACAGGGGAAGCCUGGAGACCAGGGAGCCCUGAGCCCAAGGAGCGGAGGAUCCCAGCAGAAGAAGCCAGCAGGAAGGAGGAUCAGUUAGAGCAGAUGGGGACCCCAGGCCUCCCAACUGCUCAGGGAAAGCCUAAGGUCACAGAGCUGGUGUUGGAAGAUGAGGAUAUAGCUAGAGGGGGUGACCAUGCCUCCCUAGAGGUUACCCUGGGGUCAGAGGCUACCAGAGGUUGGUCAGCUGCCGAAGCUGGACUGGGACUGACACAGGAGGUGGUAGGGCUAGGGGACCCAGGGCAUCUGGCCAGGGAAGAGGCUAUACAGCCACCCCUGAGGGAAGAAUGUUUGGAGGUGGAGAGAGUGCAGGACUUGGAAGGGCCUGGAAAGGACCGAAAGGAGGCAGAAUUCCUCGAAUGGCCCAAGACCAGUAGAGACCCUCUGGAACCUCCAAAACACUGUGAGGUGCCAGAGCCUGUGGCCAGCUGGGGAGAAGAGGAAGCACUCGCAGCAGAGAUCUCAGGCCAUGAGGGCAGUGAUUCCUCUCCGUCUAGGCCCCCAGAGACAGAGGAAAAUGAGGUCGCAGAGCCAGAACUGGGACUCCCUGAUUCCAGGCCCACAGAAUCCCACUUACCCACCCUAGUCCUGGAAGAUGCCCUUGGUCUACAACCUCAAGGUGAGGGGAGCCGGGAGGCUGGCUGGGGACAGGCAGAAGCCCUGGAAGGGGUAGAAGCAGAGCAGCAGUUUGGUCCUGGGGAGGACUCUGAGGCCCUCCAGGAUUGGGAAGAGAGCAAAGAAGACAGUGAGGCUGAUGAACUAGGAGAAACGCUCCCUGACUCCACUCCCCUGGGCUUCUACUUGAGUUCCCCUACCUCUCCUCCAUGGGACCUGGCUGGACAACAGAGGCUUUCCCCUCAAGGGGAGGCUACGAAGAAAGGCUGGGAUCCUGCUGUCCUGGGCCCCCAGGGCCUUGGGGUCCCGUUCUCUGAUGAGGAUGUGGAGGAGGAGCAGGGCCAUGACUCUGACCUCUCGGAGGAAUUUGAAGACCUGGGGACUGAGACCUCGCUUCUCCCAGGGGUUCCCAGAGAGGUGGCAGAACCUCUGGGCCAGGUGCCUCCACUGCUGGAGUCUGCAUGCUGGGACCAGGGUGGGGAGUCUGAUGGAUUUGCUGAUGAGGAAGAGAGUGGGGAGGAGGGAGAGGACGAGGAGCACAAGGCAGGGAUGGAACUGGGGGUUCAAUGGUGGGGACCAGGGCCCACUGUUGGGGGUCUGCAGGCCCAGGAUCGUUUUCAGAGAGGGAACAUCCAGGAGCAUGAAGCUGUGGGUGUCAGUGGUCCCUGGGAUGACAGCUUGAGUGGUGCUGAGGCAGAUGUCUCUGUGACUGCACUGGAGAUCAAGUCCCAGGAUGCUGCUGAGCCUUCUGGCUCAGAGGAGUCUGACUCUGUUUCUUUGGAGAUGGAGGAUCAAAUGUCUGGCAGAGAGGUGAAGGGCAUAGGUACAUGGGUAGGAAGCACCUCUGGUAUCAAUGGUCAGGGCCCCAACUUGGAGGAGUCAGAGCAUGUGAAUGGGAGGGUGAUAAAUGGACUGGAACUAUCUGAAGGACAGGGAACACAUGGGGACCAGGAUGAAGGACUCCCUUUACAGGAAGAGGAGGGGAGUACCCUGAAGACCCCUUGGGUAGGAUCUCCUGUGCACCUGGUCCCAAGCCAGUUCCCAAAAUACCCUCCGAGGGAAGCAGAUAGGGAUUCCUGGUCUUCGGGGGAAGAUUAGAGGAAGCUUCUUUGCCACCCAGGACUUCCUGGGGGAGGGGGUCCUGCUCAGGGCCAGCACCCUUAGCUUUGAUACCUUGGCCUGUGGCUUCUGUCCUGGAGAGGUAUCCCUGGCUGAAGGGAGAUGGGAUAUGGUCUUGAUAGGAGCCUCUGGUCCAGGAGUAACCUGCUCGUACUUUUCUGAGGGCUCAAGUCAGCUGAGUCCUUGUAGUUACAGGCUCCCUUUCUUCCACAACUCACCUGCAGAUGAAAAGGCAGAGGUUGCUCUGCCCAGGGCUUGCUGGCCCUGCCCACCGGCAGUAGCACCAUCACCACAAGGCCUGGUGUCUGGUCAAAAGAAUUGAAAACUGCACUUGUGACUGACCUUUUUUCCAUCUUAGCUUGCUGAAGUCAUGUUCAGAUCAUCCCUGCUUGAAUAAAGUUGUGCACCCACUUAUGAA